CUACAGCCAGGGAAGAUACAAGGAAGCAGAAAUACAUUUGCGAGACGUGCCUUGAGGUCUGAUGGAAAAAUGUGUUAAAGGGCUGGGUCAUAGCAAAAUCCUAGGCUCAGAUCACCCACAUGCCAUAGCAUAUUCUAAUGUGUCUAAUGAUUGGGAAACAGCAGCGAAAUACUUAUCAGGAAAUAAGACACAACAAAAAUUCGUCAACGUUUGUCCUGCGCUCUUCAUGCAAACUCUUCCCCCCCAAGCAUAUUGAAUUGGAUGUAUGUCCGUCACGGGCCACAAG